GUCUGUCACUGCUGGGUGUUGCCGGGACAGGCCAGGCUCUAGCACCAAUGCUCACCCUCUGACUCCAGGUCAGGUCUUUCCUCAUGAUUCUGCUAAGGAAGAAGGCCUGCCAUGCUUAGGGAGGUGGUACCAACUAUCCAGGGGUGGAGAGGUGGGCUGACUGUGAAACUCCCUUGCCCAGCCCCUAAGUAGGCCUCUGAAGGCUGAUGAGCUGUAGGGCUCACUUCUGACUGGUCACCAAGAGAACUGGCUCUGUCCUGGCACUGCGGUAACUCCUGGGAGUCUGAGCUGCUUUGCUAAGGCAUGGAGGCAGAAGAUGUUUCAAAGUCUGAAGACAGAGCUAAGGAUCCAGGUUCCAAAAAUGAAGGCCAGCCUGAUGUUGUUCAGCCUGACUUCCCACAUGGAGAGCAGUUCCAGGGCCUCACAACUCUCUGGGAGAAGGUAGAAAAGAAGUUUCUGGAAUAUCAGCAGUUGGAUCAUAGGAGCCCAGAUGAGCGUCAGAGGAGCCUGUUGAGUCUUCUCCCGCUGUUCCUAAAGGCCUGGGAACACUCCGUGGGAAUCAUCUGCUUUCCCAGUCUCCAAAAGCUGGCUGAAGAGGUUUCCAACCAGCUAGCCCAAGAAAUACAGAAGGUGCUUGUUGGAAAGCCUGCAGAGCAAGCACGGGCAGCAGCUGGGCAGUUGCUGAGGUGGAAGGGGGAUACGGAUCAGGAUGGCUACCUGCUGCUCAAGUCAGUGUUUGUGCUCACAGGGACAGACUCGGAGACGCUGGGCAGAGUUGCUGAAUCUGGGCUCCCAGCCCUGCUUCUGCAGUGUCUCUACCUAUUUUUUGUCUUUCCUAUGGAAAAGGAUGAGUUUUUUGAGAAUGACCUUCAAGUUCAGAGGGUGUUUGUGCAGAUGUUGCUCAACAUUUGCAGUGAGUCUCAGGGGCUGGAGGGACUUCUCUCAGGGAAUGAGCUCCAGUCUUUAGUGAUUGCCACAACCUGUCUUCGGGAGCACAGCUGCAGCUUUUGGAAGGAGCCCACCUUCUGUGUGCUGAGGGCAAUCUCCAAGGCCCAGAACCUUAGCAUCAUCCAAUACCUGCAGGCAAUGGAUUGUGUCAAGAUCUCCCUCCAAAACCUCUCAAGGCUUACAGACUCUCUCCUUGCUCCAGAGUUGGGAGAGGCUAUGAGCCUCAUCUUGGGCUUUGUGAAAGACUCCUACUCUGUCUCCUCGGCUCUGCUCAUGGAGUUUGAGAAUGCGGAGGGCUACCCUCUGCUACUCAAAGUGUUACUCCGGUAUGAUGCACUGACCCAGAGCGAAGUGGAUCCCCACCUGGAUGAGCUCCUCAGGCUGGUGGUGUGGCUGACGACCUGUGGGAGGUCAGAGCUGAAGGUGUUUGACAGUGUCACUUACCCUCAGUUGGAAGGCUUCAAGUUCCAUAACGAGGCUUCUGGGGCAAUCAUUAAGAAUCUUCAGGCCUUCCAAGUCCUGCAAAAUGUUUUCCACAAAGCUAGAGACUCCAUCCUCUGCACACAAAUCCUGUUGGCCAUCAGGACCAUGUGGGACUGGAAUGCUCGAAACUUCUUUCUGCUGGAGUGGACCCUUCAGCCCAUCUCACAGUUUGUAGAGAUCAUAUUCCUGAAGCCAGCCCAAGUACAGGUGCAGUUCUUCCAGCUGGUGGAGGCCCUGGUGUUUGAGUUGCAUUAUGUGCCCCACGAGAUCCUGGGGAAGGUGCAGCGCUUGAUCAAGGAGAGCCCUGAGCCACUCUGCACCCUUGUGGCCCUGCAGAGUGUCCUCAGGAUAGCUGGUGCAGACCCACUCUUCACAGACAUUUUCAGGGACUCAGGACUCCUGGGCCUGCUGCUAGCCCAGCUACGGAAGCAGGCCAAGAUCCUAAGGAAGUCAGGAAACAAAGAGUCCUCUCUUGGCAUUCAGGAUCCAGAAAGAGAAUUGACCUGUGUGAUGCUGAAAACUGUAGUCGCGCUUCUGAAAGGCUCAGUUCGGAACGCGGUUGUCCUGAAAGACCAUGGCAUGGUGCCUUUCAUCAAGAUCUUCCUGGAUGACGAAUGGUACCGGGGAGCCUCACUCAGCAUCUUGGAACAGCUCUCAGUCAUCAAUGCUGAGGAAUACAUGAGCAUCAUUGUGGGUGCUUUGUGUUCAUCCACUCAAGGAGAACUGCAUCUGAAACUGGAUCUCCUAAAGUCUCUACUCCGGAUUUUGGAGACCCCCAAAGGCCGUGCUGCUUUCAGAGUCUCCAGUGGGUUCAAUGGACUGCUGUCCCUGCUCGCUGACCUGGAGGGUUCUCUCCAGGAGCCCCCACUGCAGAUGUGGGGGCCAGUGUCCCACAGCCAGACGCUGGACCUGGUUCUGCACACCCUCUGUGCUGUGUCUGCAGCACUGCACCGGGACCCUGUCAACAGUGACUUUUUCAGGAGGAAUGGACUCUUUGAGAAGCUGACUGAGGACCUCUGCUUGUUGGGCUGUUUUGGGGCCAUUGAGGAAGAAGGAGCUUCUCUGAAUUCCUGGGACAACACAAAGGCCAGGCCAUUUUCUGAUUUACUGAGUCUAGCUUUUUCCUCUGCCAGUCCAUUCCCACCCAAGAUACAGAGCUGCCUCCAGAUCCUCAGUUUCCUGGACAGCAUGGCCAGUGGAACCCUCCAUCUAUGCCGAGACCUGAAGGAGCCCCUGGGAGUGGGGCAGGAAGCACCUGUGGAUGCCCAGAAGGGAGAAGCUAUCAGUGACUCCCAAGGCAACUUUGAGCAGUGGCCAGACAUGGAGGACAGGAUGGAUGAAGGCGAUGCUGUGAUCAUGCAUCCUGGGAUCCUGUGCAUCAUGGUUAGGCUGCUGCCUCGGUUGUACCAUGAAGAUCACCCUCAGCUUUCCAAGGAAAUCCAAUGCUCCAUGGCCAGUCACAUCCAGUCCCUGGUGAAGUCAGAGAAGAACCGUCAGGUCAUGUGUGAAGCGGGGAUGCUGAGGACCCUCAUGACCUCUUGCCACCAGGCCCUGACUACCAGCAGCAGCUUCCUGCACUCUGGCCUCAUCAGGAUUUUUGAAAAGCUUGCUUCUCAGGCCAUCGAACCAGAUGUGCUAAGACAGUUUCUAGGUCUUGGAAUUCCCCCACCUCCAUCAGCUGUGAUGAAAAUACCCAAUUCUUCUCGUGUGCAUGGAGGGGACUCUGGAUGCUCAGGGUCACAGGCAGUGGCACCAGUGACUGCUGAGGGUCCUGCAGGAGCUGCUCGGGAUGCCAGCCCAUGUCUAGCAGUUGCACAGGCCCACAGGCCCUCGGGGCUGUUUCAGAGCUCCACCACUGCCCUUCAGACAGCACUGAGUCUCAUCUCCAUGACCUCUCCGCGCAACCUGCAGCCUCACAGGGCUGCUCUGGCUCCAUCGUUUGUGGAAUUUGACAUGUCCAUGGAAGGUUAUGGGUGUUUAUUCAUUCCAACCCUGUCUACGGUUAUGGGAACCAGCACUGAGUACUCAGUCUCUGGAGGGAUUGGGACAGGUGCUGCCAGAUCCUUCCCUCCACCUGGGGGCCUGACCUUUUCCUGCUGGUUCCUCAUCAGCAGACAUGGCAGGGUCACAGAGGGCCACCCACUGCGCUUCCUAACCUUGGUGCGCCACCUGGCCAGGACAGAACAACCCUUUGUCUGCUUCUCUGUCAGCCUCUGCCCAGAAGAUCUCUCCUUGGUUGUGUCCACAGAAGAGAAAGAGUUUCAGCCACUAGAUGUCAUGGAACCUGAAGAUGUUUCUGAGCCCUCUGCGGGACGCCAGCUUCGGGUCAGGUGUGGCCAGCUCCUGGCUUGUGGUCAGUGGCAUCACCUGGCUGUGGUUGUCACCAAGGAAAUAAAAAGAAAUUGUACCAUUUCCACCUAUCUGGAUGGACAGGUCAUUGGCUCAGCCAAGCAGAUGUUAUAUAUUCAGGCCUUACCAGGACCUUUCCUUUCAAUGGAUCCAUCAUCAUUUGUGGAUGUUUAUGGAUAUAUCGCUACCCCUCAAGUAUGGAAACAGAAGUCAUCAUUAAUAUGGCGACUUGGCCCUACAUACCUCUUUGAAGAAGCCAUCUCAGUGGAAACUCUGGAAGUUAUUAACAAACUUGGCCCAAGAUACUGUAGCAACUUCCAAGCUGUGCAUGUUCAAGGUGAGGGCACUGGCACAGAAGGAGCACCCCUGGUUGCAGAGGAAAGAGUUUCCUUUGGCCUUCACGUAGCCAGCUCCUCUACCACCAGUGCUGUGGACAUCAGAAACACAUACAAUGAGGUGGACAGCCGCCUGAUUGCCAAAGAGAUGAACAUUUCAUCCCGUGACAAUGCCAUGCCCGUGUUCUUGCUAAGAAACUGUGCUAGCCAUCUCUCGGGUUCUCUUCGAACCAUUGGAGCUGUGGCUGUGGGCCAAUUGGGGGUAAGGGUGUUCCACUCCAGCCCUGCUGCCAGCAGCCUGGACUUCAUUGGUGGGCCUUCCAUCCUCCUGGGCCUCAUUUCCUUAGCGAGAGAUGACCACACCAUGUAUGCAGCUGUGAAAGUCCUGCAAUUAGUCUUGACCAGCAAUGUCAUGUGUGACCGCCUGAUGCAGCACAUCUGUGGGUACCAGAUACUGGCAUUCCUCCUGAGGAAGAAUACCUCUCUUCUAAACCAUCGAGUUUUUCAGCUGAUCCUCUCCAUUGCUGGCACCGCAGAACUGGGCUUUGGGUCAUCUGCCAUCACCAAUGUUGGUGUUUUUCAGCACAUUCUCUGUGAUUUUGAGCUCUGGAUGAACACUGUGGACAACUUGGAGCUCUCCCUGUUUUCCCACCUUGUGGAAAUCCUUCAAUCACCAAGGGAAGGACCCCGGAAUGCUGAAGUUGCUCAUCAGGCCCAGCUUAUACCCAAGCUCAUCUUCCUCUUCAAUGAGCCGGGCCUUACCCCCUCCAAGAUAACCACCAUCACAGCGAUCCUGCACUGUCAGCUGAGGGGCCACUUCAAUAUACAGGACUUGCUCAGGGUUGCGGUGUUUGUCGUGUACACUCUCAAGCCUUCAUCAGUGGAUGAGAGGCAGAUCUGCAUGGAUGAAGAUCUGGGGUACUCUGUGCCUGCUGGAAGCCAAACAUCUGGAAAGACAAUCUGGCUCAGGAACCAGUUGCUGGAGUUGCUGUUCAGUGUGAUAUCUUCCUCCCAACUUCAUCUAUCCUCUGAGGUGAAAGAGGAGGUGUUCCUGAGCCUAGGGCCCGACUGGUUUCUGCUGCUCCUGCAAGGCCACCUAAACUCCAGCACCACUGUGCUGGGAUUGAAGUUGCUGCUGCACUUUCUGUCAAGCCCUAACCUCCUCAUGCGAUUCAAAGAUGGCCUGUCUGCAGGAUCCUGGGUGGAAUGCAGCUCCAAAGGCGUGGAUAUCAUGAUGGAUAAUCUGAAGAACCACGUUCCCAUGCCUGACCAGAGCCCCUGCCUCCUUCCUGGAUUCCGUGUUCUGAAUGAAUUUCUGGCCCACCAUGUUCAUAUUCCGGAGGUCUACCUCAUCGUGUCCACCUUCUUUCUACAGACACCACUUACAGAACUGACAGGCGGACCAAAAGAAAGCCUGGAUGCUGCACUGCAGUGGAUCCUGCAGAAGCACAACACAGAGGAAGUCCUUCGGGCUGGGCUGCGCACUGAGGGUGCCCUGCUGCUCCUGCAUAUGCUGAAGGCCACAAUGAGACAGCCCUUGACAGGGCAUGGAGAUGGUGCCUGGGAGCAAACCUUCCCAGCCAGUGUGCUACAGUUCCUCAGCCUUGUGCACAGCACCUACCCACAGGAUCCAGCCUGGCGGGCACCAGAGUUCCUCCAGACCUUGGCCACCAUCACCUUCCCCCUGCAAACCCACAAGGGGGUCACGACUGAGUCUGCCCAGAAUGCCAGCAGUCCUGGGACUGAGGGUGAAAGUGACAGCAUUGCGGAUGGUCUGCAGAUGUCUGCCAAGUCACAUCCCACACGGAAACAGCUACGGGUGUUUCUGAAGCUACUGUUGAGGGAGCUCUUGAUUGCAGCUCCCAGCACCAAGCAGUGUUUGCCUCUGGAGAUGCUGCUGGAGGCUUCUCCAGAUAAUGCCACCAAUCAACAGAAGCAAGAAUUCCAGUCUGAGAUCCUGCUCUCCACCAUGGAAAUAUUUCAUGUGACGAGUGGAAGUGACAUGUCAAUGCUCAGAGGCAAUAAAGAGCCUCAGCCAAACACAGAAGCUGCUGCUGCUGCUGCUGCUUCACUCAUGAACAUAUUCCAUUUCACCCAGAAGCUGGUAGAGAAGCUGUAUAGUGGGAUGUUCUCAGCAGACCCAAGACACAUCCUUCUCUUCAUCACAGAACACAUCAUGGUGGUAAUGGAGAACGCAUAUUCACAAAGGGACACUGUCAUCAGUGCUUUAUACAGCAGUUUAAAUAAAGUCAUUCUUUAUUGCCUCUCCAAGCCCCAGCAGUCUCUCUCCGAAUGUCUCAGCCUUCUCAGCAUUCUGGAAUUCCUGCAGGAACACUGGGAUAUUAUCUUUGCCACCUAUAACUCCAACUCCAGUUUCCUGCUGUGCAUCAUGCAUUGUCUGUUUCUGCUUAGUGCGAGGAGUUAUCCAGAAGGAUUUGGAUUGGAACCCAAGCCUAGAAUGACUCCUUAUCAUCAAGUGUUUCUUUCUCCAAAUGAAGAAGUGAGAGAAAAAAGAGUGGAUGACUUCCCAAGUUUGAGUGAUGUCCAGCACAGCAUCCAGAAGAUGGUGCAGACGCUCUGGCAGCAGCUUAUGGCACAGAGGCGGCAAGAGCUGGAGGACACCUUCAAGAUUGAUCUCUCUGUGAAAACUGGGGAAAGAGAAGUGAAGAUUGAAGAGGUCACUCCACUCUGGGAGGAGACGAUGCUCAAGGCCUGGCAGCAUUAUCUAGCAUCUGAGAAAAAAUCUCUGGCCAGUCGCUUGAGUGUUGGACACCAUAGCAAAGUCACUUCAUGGAGUGGAAGUUUGUCCUCAGCCAUGAGGCUGAUCCCUGGGCGGCAGGCCAAGGACCCUGAAUGUAAGACAGAGGAUUUUGUGUCAUGUAUUGAAAACUACAGAAGAAGAGGACAAGAGCUCUAUGCAUAUUUAUACAAAGAUCAUAUACAGAGGCGGAGAUGUGGCAACAUCAAGGCAGCCAAAGCUUGGGCCCGGAUCCAGGAGCAGCUUUUUGGGGAGCUGGGCUUGUGGUGCCACCCAGCAGAAGCCAUACCCUGUUCCCAGUGGGAACUGGACUGGAGAGAAGGACCUGCUCGCAUGAGGAAGCGCCUUAGAUGCUUAUCUCCACUGGAGGCCCUGAGUGCAGAAAGCCUCAAGGAAAACCAAGACAGAAAUGGUGAUAUUUCUCAAACAAAUGCUGAAAACAAAGAUGAGAUGACACCAAAAGAAACUGAGAGCGAGAGAGGUGAGGUGGCAGCAGAUUGCACCCAGCUUACCUUCUUCCCUGCCUUACAUGAAAGUCACCAUUCUGAAGAUUUCUUGGAACUGUGUCCGGAAAGACAAGUUAUUUUACAAGAACUUCUUGAUCAUGAAAAGGUGACACAGAAGUACUCCCUGGUGAUUGUACAAGGCCACCUAAUCUCUGAAGGGCUACUGCUCUUUGGCCUCCAGCACUUCUACAUCUGCGAGAACUUCACACUCUCUCCUGUGGGUGAUGUCUAUUGCACUCGCCACUGCUUAUCCAACAUCAGUGAUCCAUUCAUUUUCAAUCUGUGCAGCAAAGACAGGUCCUCCAACCAUUACUCAUGCCAGCGCCACAGCUAUGGUGACCUCAGGGAGCUCCGGCAAGCACGCUUUCUCCUGCAGGACAUUGCCCUGGAGAUCUUUAUCCAAAAUGGAUAUUCCAAGUUUUUUGUCUUCCACAACAGUGAUCGGAGUAAAGUCUUCAAAAGCUUCUGCUCUUUUCAACCCAGCUUGAAGGGGAAAAGCAUUAUGGAGGAACCCAUCAAUCUAAGGAAAUAUCCUGGCUCUGACAGGACCAUGCUGCAGAGGUGGCAGAAAAGGGACAUCAGCAAUUUUGAAUAUCUCAUGCACCUCAACACUAUGGCUGGAAGGACCUACAAUGACUACAUGCAAUAUCCAGUAUUUCCCUGGGUCCUGGCUGACUACACCUCACAGACAUUGAACCUGACAAAUCCCAAGACUUUUCGGGACCUUUCAAAGCCCAUGGGAGCCCAGAACAAGGAAAGAAAGCUGAAAUUUAUUCAGAGGUUUAAAGAAGUCGAGAAGACUGAAGGAGAUAUGACUGUCCAGUGCCACUACUGUACUCACUACUCCUCGGCCAUCAUCGUUGCUUCCUACCUGGUCCGGAUGCCACCCUUUACCCAGGCCUUCUGCUCUCUACAGGGUGGAAACUUCGAUGUGGCAGAUAGAAUGUUCCACAGCGUAAAGAAUGCAUGGGAGUCAGCUUCCAGAGAGAACAUGAGUGAUGUCAGGGAGCUGAUACCGGAGUUCUUCUACCUGCCUGAGUUUCUGACCAACUGCAAUGCAGUGGAGUUUGGCUGCAUGCAGGAUGGGACAGCACUGGGGGAUGUGCAACUGCCUCCCUGGGCUGAUGAGGAUCCUCAAAAAUUCAUCAGCCUGCACAGACAGGCUUUGGAAAGUGACUUCGUCAGUGCCAACCUCCACCACUGGAUAGACCUCAUUUUUGGAUAUAAGCAGCAGGGAUCAGCAGCAGUGGAGGCUGUUAAUACCUUCCACCCCUACUUCUAUGGUGACAAAAUGGACCUCAGCAGCAUUGGUGACCCCCUGAUCAGGAACACCAUCUUGGGGUUUGUCAGCAACUUUGGACAAGUUCCCAAACAGCUCUUUACUAAACCCCACCCAGCCAGGACAGCUAUGGGGAAGCCUUCAUCUGGCAAGGAUGUCUCCACACCUUUGAGCCUGCCUAGCCACCCACAGCCCUUUUUCUACAGCCUGCAGUCACUGCGGCCCUCCCAGGUCACAGUCAAAGAUAUGUACCUUUUCUCUCUAGGCUCCGAGUCCCCCAAAGGUGCCAUUGGCCACAUCGUCCCCACUGAGAAGACAAUCCUGGCGGUGGAGAAGAACAAGGUGCUGCUGCCUCCUCUCUGGAACAGGACCUUCAGCUGGGGCUUUGAUGACUUCAGCUGCUGCCUGGGGAACUAUGGCUCUGACAAGAUUCUGGUUACAUUUGAGAACCUGGCUGCCUGGGGCCGCUGUUUGUGUGCAGUGUGCCCAUCCCCCACGACAAUCAUCACCUCAGGGGCCAGCACUGUGGUGUGUGUAUGGGAGCUCAGUGUGGCCAAAGGCAGUCCAAGAGGCCUACACCUCAAGCAGGCAUUGUACGGACACACACAGGCUGUCACAUGCCUGGCAGCAUCAGUCACCUUCAGCAUCCUUGUGAGUGGCUCCCAAGACUGCACCUGCAUCCUGUGGGACCUAGACCACCUCACUCAUGUGGCUCGCCUGCCUGCCCACCAGGAGGGCAUAUCUGCCAUAGCCAUCAGUGACAUCUCGGGCACCAUUGUCUCCUGUGCUGGAGCCCAUUUGUCCCUGUGGAAUGUCAAUGGACAGCCCCUGGCCAACAUCACCACAGCCUGGGGCCCAGAAGGAGCUAUAACCUGCUGCUGCAUGGUGGAGGGGCCAGCAUGGGACUCAAGCCAUGUCAUCAUCACUGGAAGUCUAGAUGGCAUAGUCCGGAUUUGGAAGACUGAGGACGUGAAGAUGUCUGUUCCUGGGCUGGUAGCCCCACAGGAACCCUCAGCUCAGCCUGCCAGCCUGAGAGGCCACAGGUGGGAGAAGAAUCUUGCCUUGUGCAGAGAGCUGGACAUUAGUGUUGCUUUGACAGGAAAGCCCAGCAAGACCAGCACUGCUGUGACAGCUCUGGCCAUGUCCAGAAACCAGACCAAACUCUUCGUAGGUGACGAGAAGGGGAGAAUAUUCUGCUGGUCUGCAGAAGGGUAGAAAGAAGGAGAUGGUGGUGGCCCUGGCCUGGCAGCCAUGGCAGCUGCUAGGAUGACACAGUGCCUGGGUGCAAGGAAAACCUCAGGGUUUCCACUCCAUAGGACCACUGAGGAAGGGCCGGUGGGACUACAGUCUUGGAUGGAACAAGGAUGCAUUUUUACAAACAAAUGAGAGAUUGUUUUGGGGUUCCUGGGAGCAGUACACUGGAAGCCCAGAUUCUUGGACCUGCACACCAAAUCACAUAGGUCUCACCUUUCCAAAGAGCUUACUGCACUGAAAAAAAAUGUAUUGCUUACUGGAAACUAUGGGGAAAUAUUGUACUGUCUUUGUGUUAUUAAAACAACUAUUUUCCAAUAUAAAGAGCUCUUGAGUUUAAAGUUGCCACCCUUUUCCAGUCGGGUAUUUGCAUCUUUAUUCUGAGAUAGGUAGGAAGGUCUCAGGGAAGCACCACCCUUCUUCAGCAUUCCUCAACGCUUGGAAUUAGGCUCCUCUAAAUCCCAAAUUCCUUGGAAUUUGGCUUCUCCAGAGUGGUCUUACCCACCAUGCAGAGCCCCAUGGAGAGUGAGGGGCCACUCUCAACAUGCUUCUGUGGCUAAGGCACAGGACACAGACAUGACACUGCCCACUGCAAGCAUAGGGAAGUCAGUUUGGAGAGACACAACACCUAGGCCUGCCUGCCUUGUCUCUGCACCCCAUAGCAGGUGGUGAGUCCUGGCCAUGCCCUUACUUGGUAGGCUCUUCCCAGAACACAUACUUACAUGGAGGUCAAGGGCCACAGCCCACAUGUUGAUUUUGAGCUGGAACUCAUCCUGGGAAUAUUUGACAGCUAUGUAACUUUUGUUCUACAUGUGAAAAUACAUGGCAAGUAGGUAGUUAGUCCCUCUGAAGAAUUUAGUACCCUCCAGUGCUUGGGUCACCCUUGACUCAGUUGCUGGGCAUUGAAGGACUCACCCUUACUCUGAUGUCUUCUUCCAACCCCAGGACUCAGAACUUCUUGAAGGAAAUUCACCUGCCUCUCAAUAUCAAGCCCAGGUGGGUGCAGAGCGACUUGGGUAGCUAAGCUCCUUAGCAUCAUCUACCCUCCCUGAGAUUUUCCUUCCGGGGAAUCCUAAUCAUUCCUAUAUUCUUCUAGCCAUGCAGAGGGCCCACAGGCUGACACCACCCAAUCUAGCAUAUGCCUGGGGAUGGCAAUAAAAUGGACUUGGUGUCUUAUAGCCGGGGUUAAUUUAAAGAAAAAUGAGAAAGAAGCUAAGUCUAAAAUAGAGAGUAAGAGAUUGUUAGAAAAUAGGGACCUAUCUAUAAACUUUGAAGUAUUUGAAAAGGGGAAGGUGAAGGAGGAGACACAUCUCAAGUUCAAGGCAUUGACUCUGGGUGAGAAGGGCUGACCCCAGGCCAAGGACAGCCACCCCUUGCACUGUCUGCCCGUGCUAUUAGCAGACAAGCCAUUUGCAAUCUCCUUGUCCAUCUGGAGCUACACCAGAAGACCAUGAAUUGAAGAGUGGAGAGCACAACUCCCCAGGAAGGCCAGGAAGGGCCAUAAACAUCAAGGAUGGGCCUGCUGUCAUAUUUCACACCUGUUUCAAAACACAAUUCACAGCAUUUGUCCAAGGCUGAAUGGUCUGCUGGUCCAUUGCUUCUCUUGGGCACAUUCAUUCAACAAGCAUUUCCUGAGUACUGCCUUUUGCUUCCCAAUACCAUGGGGAAGAUGGAGGGACACUCUGGGGUCUUGUUGCUGGAGUCUGUGCAAACAAGACUUAACUUGAGGUGAAGAAGCUACAGGGAGAGAUAUCUCAUGCCCUAGGGGAGACACAGGUGGCAUUCUGGCUGUCUUCCUUCACUUGUCUGUCAUGGCAAAGGACCACAGGCAGGGCACUUUAAACAACAAAGUUGUCUCUAUUCUGGAGGCUAGACGCCUAAGAUCAAGGUGACAGCAGGGUUAUUUUCUUUUCUCUAUCUUUGUCUUUUCCCUGUGCCCUCACAAAGGGUCUUCCCUUUGUAACUGUGUCCAAAUUUCUUCUUUUUAUAAAGACAUCAGUCAGAAUGGAUUGGGUCUCACCCUAAUUAUGUCAUUUGAAUUUAAUUACCUCCUUAAAGAUGCUAUCUCUAAAUACAGUCACACUAUGAGAUACUGGGGAUUAGGACAUCAGCAUACAAAUUCUAGAGGGACACAAUUCACUUUAUAACACUGAAGGAGGUGGCCCUAGAGCAAGACCUGGGAGAGCAGGUAUAACUUGGCCUUAUUAGGAUGAAGAGUAGGGUAUUGCAGGAAUAAGAGACAGCAUUGACAAACACACAGGGUACAAGGGGCUAGAAGUAGAAUGAACAAAUGAGCAAAGAUGGAGGGCCAGUUGGAGGCUGGCAUCAGGAGAGGCUAUUGCUCCGAGGCUUCAGGGGCUGGAGGCAGGUGAUGGGGCAAGGUGAGAGUGGGAGUGAUGGGAAAAGAUAGAUCAUCCACCCCAUAGAACUAUAUUCCCAGUGCCCAGCUCAUAGAAGAUGCUCCACAAGUAUUGAUUUAGUAUAUGAAUGUGCAGAUGAAUGAAUGAGCCACAGUCACAGACAUUUCAAAGCUGGUGAUUCUCGGAGUAAAAAAGUAUCUCUGAGUGAUGGCAGGUCCAGGAAGCAAGCCUUUCAUAGUGGGGUAAAGCAGAAUGGAGUGAAGAAAGUGGGGAGAGACUCAAGGAAACUGGUGGGAUGUCAUAGUCUGGGACCAGGAUGUUGUAGGGGAUGAGGCCAGCAGCCUGAGAGUAAACAAGUGCCAUCCAUGGAGCUCAGAGCAUAAGAGGCAACCAUGGGAAGAGGAGAGGGCAUUGGGCAGAAUGUGCUCAGAGAAGGAGGCAAAGGAGGACUGCAGAAGGCAGGCUCACUGUCAGGGCCCUCCUGAGUCUGUCAUGUAAGAUUCAUAUGACUGGAUGGGAGCAGCCUCUUUCUUUGUGGCACUAAAGCGAGAUUCUGGCAUUUCACUAGGGUCUAUGGUGCAUACCUCCAGGGCCAGUUUUCUGAUACCUGAAGGAGGAAGCUGCUCCACACACAAAUCCAGAGGGAAUGGGGACACCCAGGGCCUUCACUGCAGACCUGGUCAUACUGUAGACUCCAGCGGGGUUAGAAACAGAGUCUGCUUGGGAGACAAACAGAGCAGGCCUGGGAUGGGGGCAUGGAGACAAGGCCCAGGGUCUAGGUCUUGUAGUGCUGAGACUAAAGUUUCUUGGCAACUAAGGGAAUAGUUGGUUUAUGCUGGUCUCAGUAUUUCAGAAGCUGGCCAGCCAGGACAGGAGUCUUUAAUGGUUGUCAGUGAUGGGGAUAAGUCCAGGGCAGAGGCCUAAGGGUUAGGGAGGGGAGGGAGAGAGCAGGCUUUACACCAAGGCCCCCAGCAGAAGAACAGACUGGAUCAGAGGCCAGGUGUUCUGGCUUCCUGGGCCAAGCUGCAAGGGCCAUGUGGAUCCAGGCAUGCAGGAAUCCCAAAUCCAGCGGGGAUCGGAAGACCCCAGAGCUGGAUCAGUGCAAAGCUGUUCAACCACAGCUUGGUAUCCAGAGAAUGAAUGUCAGGACUGGUAUCUGCAAUGAGGGUCAAGGAUAAGAGCAAGGCCAGACAGCCAGGCAGCCUGAGCCCUAUUCCCUAUGUUCUCACUUCCUGCCAAUAUUAGCCUCACUCUCUACAUGUAUAAAAUUGGAUCCCAGAGUCUACCUGAUGGCUUGUCAUGAUAUUAAAAUCAUAUCUGUUUAUUUCAUGGAGGGAUGAAACCAAUGACACACUGACUAUCCCUGACACUAUGUAGUCUUCAAAAAAUCACUUACUCAUUCACUCGCCAGUGUUUUAUCUUGCAGAUCCAGGCCCUGUGGCAGGCCCCAGUGACAGAGAGACAGGUGCUGUGCUUGGAGAAGUUCUCUACCUGGGCUGGGGAGAGGUGCAGAGAAAACAUGAGAGAAGGCAUGUUUUUGUGCUCAGAACUAUAUCAGACUAGAGUGAUGGCAGGUCCAGGAAGCAAAGAAUGCUCACAUAGGGAUGGCACUGCUCUUGGAACACCUGGAAUACAAGUCCAGUCUUAGAAUUCCAAUGCCCUGGACUCUGGACCCACUGGCCAGAGGAGAAGCCACAGCCUGUAUGUGAAACCGUUUUCUAGACAGUGCUGAUACAGGCUCCAGGAUCCCUACUUGGAGAUACUUUGGAGUGGACAGUGACAGGACAGCAUGAGGAUGGAAUUAUUUUCCCAUUGCUGCCCACCCUACAGUCUCAGGACAGGUGACUCAUGAGGGGCUUUCCUGGCUUCAGAGAUCAGGGACCCCAAUUCCACUCACUUCCAUGAGCUCAGCCUGAGACAGCAGCCAGGCCCAGCUCUCUCCCAGCUGAGCUUCUUCCCAUCAUAUCUUCUUAAUAACUGUGAGGCCAGUCUCUACUCUGACAUCACCACUGGGAUGGCUGAGGGCCCCCUGUCUUGCCUCCACCAACAAUGCCGUAGACCUUGCUCUCACCCUGGGAAAGUCUCAGCUUUCUUCAUCUAAACUAGUACUUCUUUCCCACCCAUUCAUCAUGGCAAUGCUUACCCUGGCCUCUCUCUGUGCUCUGAUCUCCAGGGAAAGAAAUCCAGGCUCCUGAAAGCCACUCAGGACAACUGGCUCCCCCAAAGAGGCAGAUAACUUGAGAUUGGAUUUGAGUACAUUAACGUGUAGCCAAGCAGAAUACAUUUGAGGGGAAAUAAAGCUCUUCAUAUGAAAAUCUUGAUGAAAUUUGUUUGGCAUAAAAUCAAAUCUCUCUCAGCCCAAAUCAGUUUUGCUUUAGUAAGUUCUAGAUACACAUGACAGGCCCAGAUCUGGUGUGUGUGUGCUCACAUAAGAGUACGUGGUUUCUAUUCCACUCUUACAGCUGUUGCUUCAGCACCUUCAUAGCUGUUUUAGUAAACAGGGUUCUCCAAAUUGUCUCCUUCCCCCAUAUCUCUGAAAGCUCUAAGAACACUCUGUUGCCCUGCACUGAGAUCUCUUUCUUCCCCCAAACUAGUUGAUACAGGGAUGAUGUGGGAAGCUUUGAAAAACCUUUGCUCACCCAAAACCCCAGGCGCCCUGGGAGAGUGAUAAGGCCGUCUGGGAAAAGCAAACAGCAGGAUAGUCACAAGGACUGGGGCUAGCAUUCCUGCUGAUAGAACUAAUUUUCACAUUUAGCCUUUGUACUCUACUUCUGCCCCAUAGAUAGAACUAAUUACCGCAUUCCGCUUCUGUAUCCCACUUUGCUACGUAGACAGGAAGACCCCGUAGGCUAUAUAAACCCCAAGAAUCCUUUGUUCGGGGCUCAGAAUUUGGAUACUGACUCCUCUGCACCCAUGCACAUUAAUAAACCUCGUA